UUUGACAACCGAGGUUAUGAAUGUUGGUUUGGAACUUUCGACAUGAAUAUUCGAGAAGAAUUUCUGAAAUCCGUCGAGGAGGAAUCCCCAGAAACCUUUCUCCGAUUUAUGGAACAACAUGUAAGCAAUGUAUUCAUGAGGUCUUUAAUGAAAAAACGUACACUACUACAUAUGUUAAUUUGUUCGUGGUAUCCGGACAACUCGCAUGUCUGUGCAUUCAUGAUAUGAAAUGUGCAUUUCAUGAACUCCUGAUCAUUUAUGUUUAGUUUUAAUUGCAAUACCUAUACAAGCUGAAGCGUGAUCAAACUGAAGCCACCAUUGUUUUAAUUUAUGAUUCGUUAAGGUAGCCAUUGGAGAAAUUCAUAGAUUCAGAUUUUAGAUUGAUCAUCAAUUAAGCUGCAAAGAUGCUUAGCUGCACAAAGAAUUAAAUUAUGCGUGGCAAAAAUGCUACAUACGUUGUUAUGGUGGUGGUGGGUGGGGGUGCCGGGGGGAGGGUCCAUAGAUUUAACCCUUACCAUACAAAUGGUAUGUCCUUCCUGGCCCUAUCUCCUAAGAAAUUCUUAGUUUGCAACCACGUGAGAAGGUGGCCAUGUGCGAGGUCAGUACAAAAGAAAUUUACAUGGAAAUAGAGCUUAGUUCCCACAGGAGAGAAAUGCUUUUGUUCUUGACCACCAACAUGGCCGGCGUGACGUCACAUGCAAACCAUCAAUACAAAAAUGUCUGAUAAAGAUUUUUUAAAAUUAAUUUGUAUGUGUAAUCAAAUGGUGAGGAGUGAAAUUAGGGAAUAAUCUCACAUGCGAUUUGUCCAAAUCCUUAUAAUUUCCCGAGCGGACAAAAUGCAAGUGAAAUUAUUCCCUAAUUUCACGAGUAUACCAUUUGAUUACCUAUUAAUAUCAUGGGUGACGAAUUACGUUAGCAAUCUUGGAUUUUUGACAUUUUUAUCCUGGAUUGUAUCAAUUGACAACUCUACUCUCUCUAAUGUUUAGAGCUUAAAUUUGGCUCAAGUUCUGAAUUUUUCUACAAAAUACCUGUUAGAAUCUUUCUUGAUGUGCUCUUUCAUGUGUUUUCUAUUUAAAGCGUGUUUUUAUGCGCUGGCCUCUUCACUCAUGACAUUUUAAAACUUCGUCACCAUCUUCACACUGAGAAAUUACAAAUUAUCACUGAAAUUUUGCGUGAAAAUUAAGGAGUAAUUCGUCACCUAUGAUAUUAAUUAAGUAAUCAUUUUUUUUAAAUUAAUUUUUGCAACCUAAAGAAUUCAAGAAAUGAGUCAUUUGAUGUUGAGGAGUUGCUACAGACUUUGCCGAAGAAGGAGCAUGAGAGAUUGUGGGCCGGACUCCGAGAUAUGACACACAGAGUGAUAUUAACAAGUCCACUCUCAUCCCAGGAAAAUGCUGACUUUGAAAGUGAUGAGGAAGGAUCAGUAAGUGAAAACUCAACAUGCAUCUAUGAUACAAGUAAUACCAACUAACACUGUACCAAGUAUUAUAAAAGUGAACAUUAUCUUUGCCUAAGAGCUUGAGAAAAAAUCUGAGGCUUGACUGGGAAUUGAUACCCUGACAUUUUUGAUGACUAAUAAUCAAGCCAACUGGACAGCAAGCCAUUGUGAGUUUGCAGGUUCUUCCUAAUCCUCUUAAAUUUCUUAUUCCAAUGCAAAGAUCAUGACUUUUAUGUCGCAGUUCAAAAUGUGUUCUGUUUCAUGUGUUGUAUUUCAAUUCCCACUGAAGAUUUUUGCCGGCAACUUUGACCAAACAGACAAAAAAGAAGGUACAAACCACAAACAGACAAAAACGGUACGAACUUCCUAGCUGUGAACCAUCCCCCUACCUAGAUGCAUCCAUGGCAACUUGAAAUCUUAGUAACAAGCCUGUAUAAAAGUUGCAAACAAAUGCCAAUAAUUAUUAUUAAAGCUUGUAAACCUGAAAGAAAAAGAAAACAGAAUGCGAUGCCUCAAACAAUAAUUUAAUUAUCUGAUUGUACAUGUGACUUACUGUAUGUGUUUAGCUACAUGUACAGUAUAAAAAGGUAUUCAUCGUGGGAUCAAAGUAACUUGAAACAUAAGAAGUAUUUGUUGUUUCCACUGUCAGCAAUGUCCACUUCUACUUUCAUACCUGGAGGGCGUAACAACAGUGGCCUUGUGUGCUUUAACUGCACCUGAGAAAUCCACCCACACUCCACCUGCUUUUUUGGAGACUGCUGUAAUUCUUCAUGGUAUGUGCCAUUAUAGUACAGUAUAUUAUCAUACAGUGUACUAUAAUUCAUAUAUUUAUCAAACACGUUUUUUUUUGUUAAAGAGUGUACAUUACCACCAUAAGUUAUAGAAUUUACUUGAAAGGGAUAACUUGAAAAGCCCCUCCCUCAUCCCCCCCCUCUACCACCUGUAAAACCUGCUUAUAUUAAGUGCACUGUCUUUUACCUUUUAAGCCCUAAUACACACUGUAUCCACAAUUACACCUGUACAAAAUUCUCCACAGUGUUGUUCAUUCAUAAUUCCUUAAUUAAA